CGGGGGUUUGACCAUGAAAGACGGUUAAUGGCUUCCUGAGUGAGUCUCACUUUGUUUAUGUCGCGGUACUGACAACUAGGUGAACGUUUCUUUUAUACUAAGAGGAUAAUUACAUUGGUUCUUACGUUUGUGGUUCGGAUUGUCAGUUUGCUCCAUAACCAGUUGAAGCGAUUUCAUGGAGGGAUGAGCUAUUUUGUUGAAUGAAGCGAACGCCCACAGUCCCGUUAGGAGGAUGAGCUCCGUCGCCGGUCGGGAUAUCCCUGUCUCCGCCACCGCUGUCAGCAACCCUGGAGCUGCAUCAUCGCGGGCCUUGCACGUAGAACUCACGUCCCAGCAGAGGCGUCUACGGCACCUCCGGAGCAUCGCGGCGCGAAACAUCGUCAACAGGAACGGCUCUCCGCUGCUAGAUACCUACUUCACCCUGCACCUCUGUCUGGAGGCCAGGAUAUCCAGAGGUUUUUACAAGAGUGAGGUCAUCAAGGACUCCUUGAACCCCACAUGGAGGAGUCUGGACUUUGGCAUGCUGCCUGACCUGCUGGACACCUCGGUGUCCUGCUUUGUGGUGCGGAUAUGGGGAGGGCGGGGGGACCAGUACCAGCUCCUCAUAGAGUGGAAGGUCAACCUGGACGGACUGAGAUACACUGGGCAGCAGAUCCGCUCCAGAAAUCCAAAUGAGAUCAUAUUUGGAUUAAAUGAUGGCUACUAUGCAGCUGACUUCGAUCAUAAGGACCACUCUGAAAGAAAGAAGAGCAGUUUGCUUCAGGUUGACCAGAGUUCAGUACGAAGUUCCUACAGCGUCUUCUCCCUGUUGAGGCUGCACACGGCCCAGAGGGCCAUCAAGCAGAACCAGGUGACGGUGCAGCGGAUCGGGAAGGAGAUCGAGGAGAAGCUGCGGACGACGGCGGCCUGCACGGAGCGGAAGAAGGAACGGGAGUGCAUGCGCCUCCGGAUCGACGUGCUCCGGAGCGAGCUGGAGAGGCAGAGGAAGGCUCUGGGCAGAGAGGUGGACACGCUGCAAAAAGAGAAGGCCCAACUUCAGAGGAAAGAGGAGGCUUUCUCCACCAAGCGCCAGAGUCUGGAGAUGGAGAGGGAGUCAUUGACAGAGCAACAGAAAGAAUGCACCGCCAAAAGAGAGCUGUUCCUGAAGACCAACGCUCAGCUCACCUUUCGGUGUCGCCAGCUGCUGUCGGAGCUCUCCUACAUUUACCCCAUCGACGUGAACAAUCAGACUGAUUACGUCAUUUGUGGGGUGAAGCUGCCAAAUUCUGAAGAUUUCCAAGGGAAAGAUGACGGGAGCGUGGCGGUUGCCCUCGGCUACACGGCGCACCUGGUCCUGAUGAUCUCGUGCUUCCUGCAGAUCCCUCUCAGGUAUCCUGUGAUCCACAAGGGGUCCCGCUCCUCCAUCAAGGACACCAUCAUGGACAAGCUGAACGAGAAGGAGAGAGAGUUUCCCUUAUACGCAAGAGGGGAGCGUUAUCAGUUUGAGUACGGCGUCUACCUUCUCAACAAGAAUAUUGCCCAGCUGAGAUACCAGCAUGGCCUCUCCACGCCUUUCCUACAGCAGACACUACCAAACCUGAAGAACUUCCUGGAGCAUGGGCUGCUGGUCCGCUGCGAUCGGCACAAGGUGUCCAGCGCCGUGCCGGUCCCGUCCAAGUCUCAGCUCAGCGUGUCGGGCGCGUCUGAGGCCGCCUACCAGCCCAGGACCAGCUCCCCGGACCGGGGCCCGCGCAAGCGAGCCAGCUCCGAGGCCGACAAGCAGAAGUACAGCGCGCCCUCCCCCGGCCACGCCGGCGCCGCCCUGGCCCAGCCCAUCGCCCUGGCCCCGCCCCCGGACCCUCCCAAAAACAUGUCCUCCUCGCUGGACGCCGGCAUCGACUUCGCCAAGGGCCUGGAGGCGGAGGAGGCCCCGGCGGGCGAGGACGCGGACCGCCUGGCCCCCUCGGACGCGGACGGGGACGGGGACGGGGACGAGGCGGAGGGCGAGGGCGCGGGCGCCAUGAACGGCUCGGCGGUGCCGGGGGAGGGGCUGGCGCUGGCGGCGGGCGCCGAGCUCUGCUGCUCGGUGGAGCAGGCCGAGGAGAUCAUGGGCACGGAGGCCACGGGCUUCGGCGGCGGCGGGCCCCUGGAGGACUACCCCUGCAUCCCCGUGGACCACGCCGUGGCGGUGGAGUGCGACGAGCAGGUGCUGGGCGAGCUGGACGCGGCCGGCUUCGAGGAGUUCUCCCGACGCAUCUAUGCACUAAACGAGAACAUGUCCAGCUUCCGCCGACCGCGCAAGAACUCCGACAAGUGAGGCAGGACCUGAGGG